GGGGCCAACCGGAAAGAGACAGGAAAGAAAGGAGACGUCCCACUCUUGCUACGGUGGCCUGAAAGGAGUGGCGAACGCGGAGCGAUAAAACUUAUUAUUUCUGGGGCUCUCACAGUCGUGAUGUCUUUCAAGAGGGAAGGGGACGAUUGGAGUCAACUCAAUGUGCUCAAAAAACGGAGAGUCGGGGACCUGCUGGCGAGUUACAUCCCAGAGGAUGAGGCGUUGAUGCUACGGGAUGGACGCUUUGCUUGUGCCAUCUGUCCUCACCGACCGGUACUGGACACCCUGGCCAUGUUGACUGCCCACCGUGCAGGCAAGAAACAUCUGUCCAGCCUGCAGCUUUUCUAUGGCAAGAAGCACCCAGGAAAGGGCCUGGAGCCAAAUCCAAGACAACAGAAUGAAUUGAGGAGAGAAGAGACCAAAGCAGAGGCUCCUCUGUUAACCCAGACUCGACUUAUUACCCAGAGUGCUCUGCACAGAGCUCCUCACUAUAACAGUUGCUGCCGCCGAAAGAACAGACCAGAAGCCCCUCGUCCCUCUGUCUCUCGUUCCGCUUUUUCACCCCCAGAGGUUGAAUCCCAAAGUGAGAGGAUCAGUAGGGAACUUGAGCCUGCGGCUGCAUCACAGACCAAGGAAUCAGCCACUGUCUCAUCCCCUGCACCUAUGAGCCCCACGAGAAGACGGGCUCUGGAUCAUUAUCUCACCCUUCGAAGUUCUGGAUGGAUCCCAGAUGGACAAGGUCGAUGGAUAAAAGAUGAGAAUGUUGAGUUUGAUUCUGAUGAAGAGGAACCCCCUGAUCUCCCCUUGGACUGACACUCUUUCCCCAUUCAGUUCACAAAUAAACUAUAGUGGGCGCUGGGAGCCUGACUUUCCUUGAGUCUGGUUCCUUGUCCCAUUUCAGGA